ACCGCCUCCCUGUUUCACCCACAAUCCAUCUGAGCAGGAACCGGCUCGUUUGUUCCAACGAGGCAGGAGAGGAUCUGCCAACAAAGCGGACUACUUUGAGUAUUUACGCACCGCUCGGUGGAGAAUUAGAUUAUAUUCAUCUUUUCAAUUUGCACUUCUCGGACUCCUGCUUCGUCCUGUUGCGCCACCAGCCCUCAUUGUGUCCGGACUCAUCUCCUCCUUUUGUCUGCAGUUGAGCUUUCACGCUUCAACUUCUUGCCUCCUUGUUUCACACGAACAGGAGGUUCGGUUUCUGUUUUCCUCGUUGCGGUCCAAACGGAAUGAAUGACAAAAACAAAGGAGGUUGAUGUCCACAACUCUCCGACUCACCUCUGCUUCGCCUCGCCCAAGGAACGGAGACUCCAUCUCCGGCACAAGAUGGAAAGCGGAGGCGGGACGGAGAGCCCGGAGCCGCAGCAGAACUCCCGGCCCGAACCGGAGCUCCCUGCGGUGCUGUGCGCUCAGCCACCCGGGGAGAAGAAGAAGAUAAACCGGGCUCCGUCCCCGGCCAGACCCAAAGAUGUGCCCGGGUGGUCGCUCACCAAGAUCCGCGGAGGAAUCGGGACCCCGACCCUGAGCGUUAAACCGGGAUCCAUCCAUCUGGGCAGCCGCAUCUCAAGGCGCAGCCCCGUGGGGAGUCUGGCGGGGAAGGACGGCAAAGCGGAGAAAUGUGGAGGAGGCAAACCGGCGGGGAAAUCCUCCGUCUCCGGUGGUUUGUUGUCCAAAACCUCCAAGGCGGCCAAGAGCACUGGCGGGAGGAGGAAGGUGUCGGACGCCAGCAUCGGAUCCGAUGAUUUAUCCAAAGACUCCGGAUGCGCCCCGGGGAAGCUCUCCCCCACCGACAGCAGCUCCGAGCUGUCCGACUGCGCCUCCGAGGAGAACAAACUCUCCGCGGACGCAGCGAGCAGUGACGCCGAGUCCAGGAGCAGCAGAGGCGGCGGGUUGGACGUGGAGAAGCCGCCGAUCAGGGACGGAGCUGACAGAGCGAGCCAACCAGCCGCCUCCAGGAGCGCAGAGAAGGAGCGGCUCUCCCUGGGCAUGGAGACCGGGGAAGGGAGCAUCUCCCCCGGGGACGAGCGCUCGGUCACCUCGUUUGACAGCAGGGUGCCCGCUAGCACAUCUCUGGCUUUCUCAGACCUCACGGAGGAGUUUAUGGACGGCAUGCAGGAGGAGUUUGUCAGGGAAAUAGAGGAGCUGAGAUCCGAGAAUGAUUACCUCAAAGAUGAGAUGGAGGAGUUGAGGUCUGAGAUGCUGGAGAUGAGGGACAUGUACAUGGAGGAGGAUGUUUACCAGCUGCAGGAGCUACGACAACAGCUGGAGCAGGCAAACAAGACCUGCCGCAUCCUGCAGUACCGGCUGAGGAAGGCAGAGCGGCGCUCUCUCCGAGUGGCCCAGACGGGGCAGGUGGACGGAGAACUGAUCCGAACGCUGGAACAGGACGUAAAAGUGGCGAAGGACGUCUCCAUCCGUCUCCACAGCCAAUUGGACAGUGUGGAAAAGAAAAGGAGUCACCUUGAGCAGGAAAAUGAGGAGCUGAGGGUCCGACUGCAGGACCUGGAAGUCGCCAAACAGGUUCUGCAGCAGGAGAUCGACAAGAACUCUCAGAAGAAACGAGGAGCGCGACCCAACAACAAACCUGACAAGAAGCUCGGCCCGCAGGAAGACAGUUCGGACCUGAAGUGUCAGCUCCACUUUGCCAAAGAGGAAUCAGCGCUGAUGUGCAAGAAGCUGACCAAGCUGGUGAAGGACAGCGAGGCCAUGAAGGAGGAGCUGACCAAGUACCGCUCGCUUUACGGGGACGUCAACGCCUCGCUCACCGUGGAGGAGGUUGCUGACUCCCCCCACACCCGGGAGGCAGAAAUCCGAGUCCACCUGAAGCUGGUGGAGGAGGAGGCCAACCUGCUGAGUCGGCGUAUCGUGGAGCUGGAGGUGGAGAACCGAGGACUCCGAGCCGAGAUGGACGACAUGAAGGGGCCACAAGACGGUCCUCAGGAGCUGGCCGGUGUGGGCGGUGCUCUGGGGGCGGGGCUUGGCCUGACAGGCGGGGCCAUGGUCCUCGGGGGAGGAGCCUCGUCUGAAAACGUCAUGGAGCUCCAGAGACACCUGCAGUUCGUGGAGGAGGAGGCGGAGCUGCUGAGGAGGUCCCUGAUCGAGAUGGAGGAGCAGAACAAGCUGCUGAUGAACGAGAUCAACCGCUACAAGUCCGAGCUGCCGCCGCCGGCCUCCGCUCUGACCUCCAGCUCGCUGAUGUCGCUGACGGACGGGCUGCUGAACGACAGCCCCGUCCACUCCAUCCAGGAGGGGGCGGUGCUCAUCAGCACCGACACGCCCGCCCCGGAGGAGGAGCUGCGACUGGCCAGGCUCCAGGUCGCAGAGCUGAGCGGGAAGGUGAAGAAGCUGCAGUACGAGAACAGAGUGCUUCUGUCCAACCUGCAGCGCUGCGACCUGGCCUCGUACCACACACCUUCAUCCUCCUCCUCAUCCUCACUCAGACUGGCUCUGGAGACGGACGCUGAGGCCGGAGACUCAGCAGAGUGCCUCCCAACCAGUCCGCCUCACCGUAAAGAGCCGGUCGGAGGCGAGAACGACAGCCUCGAGAUGAAGGACCAAAGAAGGAAGGUGGAGGACAACGCUGACGCUUUGCUUCCCGGCCGCCUGGGGCAGAAGGACCAUGAUGCCUUGCUGGCCAUGAGGGACCAGGCUCGCUUGGUUUCCACGGCGAUACAGCUCCUGACCUCCCCCGAGUCCAACUGCCUCUCGUCCUCGCCCUCCAUCUAUCACAAGGUGUGCAGCAAUGAGGCGGCAGAACCGUGUGACCUGGAGAAGCCUCAGCCUCACGGACAGAUCUCAGAGCUGUCGGAUCUGUCGGACCGUCCUCUGGUUGGCGCUCUGACCAGCAGGCUUCAGGCUCUGCACACCCAGCUGCAGGCCUUCGUCGAGCAGGUAGACGGCCUGAAUAAACCUCCGGCAGCAGGGAGGGAAGCUCAGGUUGAGCCUCCUGCUUCAGCCUGCACCUCCAUCAGCUGCUCCGAGGACGCGAGUCCAGACGAGCAAAGCAGGGCGGCGGAGAAGCAGCCUGAUUAUAGGGACCAAUCAGAGGCAGAGGUGAAAGAUGAAAUCCAGCUGAACAGCCAAUCAGACGGCAGCGAGACGCAAAAGCAGGAAAUCGACCGAGCGGAACAGGAAGAGAAGGAGACGGAUGAUGCAGCGCCCAUCCAGUCCAACGACCUCGACGUCCGGCUGUCUGAAGGAGGAACUCAGGAGGAGCUGGAGAAAGAGAAGGAGGCUCAGAAAGAAGCUGCUCUCAAAUUCACACAGCUCCAGGAGGACCACCAGAAGGCUCUGCUCCGGCGAGACUUCCAGCUGCAGAGUUUUGGCCUGCAGGCUCGACUUCAGCAGAAGCUGUGGAGUCAGGAGAGAACUCUGCUGGUCCAGGAGUCGCAGCACCUCAAACAGGCUCUUUUACUGCUCAGCCUCAAGCUGCGCUGCUUCCUCAAACAGUGGCGGCUCGGCUGCAAGAAGGACGGUGAAUGGAAGGACGUCCUGGAGAUGAACAGCCUGAAGGAUCUUUACCUGCUGCUGGAGGAGGAAAACCUGCCGAGUCCAAGCCACCAGACUGACAAGAGGAGCUCCGCAGAUGAGCAGCCGCUCAGUCCCAGAAUAAAGUCCAGCGCUGUGAGCAGCACUCUGGCAGACCUGAAGGUGGCGCUGCAGGACCUGAGCGGGGAGCUGCGGCAGGAGAGACAAGGCUCCCAGGAACUCACUCAGCAGUUCGCAAAGGCCAAAGCAUCAUGGGAGGUGGAGAGGACCGAACUGAAGAGCCUCAUCACUCAGCUCGAGACCAAAGCAGGAAAAGCAGCAGCUUCUCUGUCCUGCACUGAUGCGCUGGACCCUCCGGACCUGAAGGUGGCGCUGAAGAGGGAACGUGAGGAACAUCAGCACCUCCUGGCCGAGUCCUACGCUGCCGUGAUGGACCUGACCAAGCAGGUAGAUGUGGAGCUUCAGAUCGGGGAGAGAAACUGGGGCAGAGAGAAGCUGGAGCUGCUGGAGAGGUUCAGCCAGGAAAGAGCUCAGUGGGAGCAGAGACUGAGGGAGGCCACAGCUCAGCCGAAGUCGAAGCCGUCGGGCGGCGAAUCCUCUGCAGAUGCUGGAAUCACUAAUGGAACAGCAUCGCCAAGGAUCAAGUCCACACUGGAAGGUCCAGAGGUCAAUGGAGCAGCCAAUCAGGAGGAGAAGACCCAGUUUGCUGUCCCGCCUCUUUUUAUCCGCCCAGAGCCGGGUCACAUCACGAGGAAGAACUGGACCGACCUGACCGAUGAGACUCCAGAGAUCACAGACACUUGUAAGACCUGGGACGGUCCCAGCGGUUCCUGCAGCAGCUCGGCAGACUCUCACCUCAAUCUGGAGUCCGUGCAGCGAAGCUUCACUGCUCCGGACCGAACCGGCAUCCGGAUCUACUACAGCCCUCCUGCUGUGCGACGAAUGGAACACCGGAGGAGGAACCAGGAGGCCAAAGAGUCGCAGCACACCCAGAACGGCAGCUCCUCCCUGGGACUGAACGGUUCCAGCGCAGGCGUUGCUUCGGUGGGAUCUCUGGAUGUUCAGCACCAACAGCUUUCGUCCUGCUUCUCUUCUUCCUACGAACAGUGGCUGAGCUCUUUGUCCAAGCAGCACCGGGAGCUUCUGGAGAGCAGGACCGGCUGCGUGGCCACUUCCAUGCCGAGCAUCAUCAACAACGGUGUCGGCGGCUCGGCCGGCAGCCUGGUUGAUGGGAUGUCGUCCUCGUCCGCCUUCCACAGCCUGGAGAUCGGCGAGAUUUCAGCCAAUCUUAGUGACGACAUGAAGGAGAUGACCAACUGUGUCCGCCAGGCCAUUCGCUCUUCAUCCCUGGAGAGGAAGUCCAGCAAGGAACCUGGGAGUCAAGCGAUCGGCGUCUCCACCAGAUCCACUCAGACUGCAGCUCAGUAUGUCAGCAUCGGGCUUCAGACGGAAAACCUUCCCGGCAGCAGGGGGUCGGGGUUACACUCCAAAUCCUGGUCGCCUCGCCCUUCAUCUGCCACCACCUCCUCGCUGGCGUCGGCCCGAACACGGCAGAUAUCGACGUCACUGGAUAAAGUCCACAGCCGCAUCGAGAGGCCGUGCUGUUCGCCCAAGUAUGGAUCACCGAAACUACAGCGCAGAGUAUCUUCUGGCUCCACCUCCAGACUGGAUGGGAGUUCCUCCAGGGAUCGCAGCCUGUGGAGCCUCCAGCAGAGACCCAUGAGCGGAGGAGGGGGUUCGGCCUGGGCUCGAUCCACCACCACCAGGGACAGUCCGGUCCUCAGCGGCCUCACCGACGGCCUGUCCAGCCUCUUCAGUGUGGUGGAGCACUCUGGAAGCACUGAGUCGCUGUGGAGGGGUGAAGCAGGAACCAGCCAGACUGCCAGCCCGGCUCGGCAGCCUCCUGCUGCAGGAAAACCUUCAGGGGUGGCGAUUUGUACAUCAGACUCCAGCUCUCAGCGGUACGGAGGCCUGGUCCAGGAGUUCUUCAGGAACGUCUGCAGCAACCGAGGCCCAGGAGGAGUCGCCCUGCCUGGGGAGAGAACGCAGAGAGACUCCCUCGGCGGUUUGGCCGUCUUGGGCAGUUUUGGUGGCGUGGAUGAGCCCAAGCCAGAGUGCGUGUCGGUCGGAGGACUCAGCGCUCUGGCUGGGUUGGGCGGAGGCAAUGACAACGUGACCAGGAUUGUCAAUAAAAGGUUUAUGAGGCAGACAGCUGGAGAGGAGAUGGUCAGCAUCAUGGGAGGAGGGAAAGAAACGACGAGCAACGCCACCACUGCAGGAUCUGGGGUGGAGGAUGCACCUUGUGACUGCACUGCCCAGUCCGCCUGCUUCGCCCGACCAUCGAGAGCAACAACUCGCCACUGCAAACAUCGUCCACAAGAGUCUCCGGCAGCAGCAGAGGAGAAGGUGGACGCCUGCAACGAGUGACCACACUUCCACUGCCACACAAACACACAAAGCAAUACUGAUUAUCCACAAACACCACUGCCAUGAAAACACACACCAAAUGUACAUACACACUGACAACCUGCCACACAGGCGCACUGCCAAAUAUAACACACACACACAAAACUGAUGGCACACCACAAAACUACUGCCACAUGCACACAACCAUGAAACACACCAAACACACAACCCAGGCAAUAUUACACUUGACUUGGACUGUACCACUCUGAUGCCAAGGACAGGGAGGACUCACAACCCGGAUUCAACCAUCACAAAACUACCAGCAGGAGAGAAAACACCGACACACACACAUUCUUACACACUCGAUUAAACAAGAAUAACUUUAAACUGCAGAAAGUCUAACAAGUAAAACGAAGAUGUCAGGACUGGAUCAACUCAAAACUCCUCAAACUUACACAGUAACAGGUACUACAGCUUCAGAAGGAACAUCUAACUUGCCCUAACCCUGUUCAACAAGCAGCCAUGUUGGAUUUACAGAUAAGGAAGUGCAUUAAAAGUGCAUGUGUUGCUAUAAAACCACAGAGGACAGCUGGAAAGACCUUUUACGUCGUGUUUGCAACUCCGAAACCAUCCAAAUCUGAGACGUAAUCUGACGGACGAUCUAUCCAGAGAUGUUUUCUCCAUAGAUGUUUUUUCCUCUCUGAACUUUGUCAUCAACACACAUGCUGCGCUGGGAAAUUACUUAGAUUGAUUUAGCACAAUCACAUUCCAGCGACGGCCUCCGACGUGGAUCCUGAAACUCUCGAUUACACAACUUCCUCAGUCGUGGACUAGUUUACAGCGUCUCGCAAAAGGAACAACUCAAGGACUGAUGGAUGUUUGGACUUCACAGCUCCACAGAAGAGACCAUAAAAACUGAUCUCUUCUUAUUUAUUAGCAAACAACAAAAAGCUGUUGAAGCUCGUUUAGAUGUUAACAGUCCACUGUGUUCCCAGAAGGACUUUGUUCACACGUACUGGGACAUUUUUUGUGGCAUUGUAGCUGCAACUUGUAGAUUUAAGAAGAACCUCCUUUCAAGAAGUUACCCUGCAGAGUCUGAUUGAGAAAUUUCAGUUUUAAUCAGUUCCAACAGGCAGAACAUGCCUGUUUUUUGAAACAUUACACAUUUGAGUGAUGAUCGGAUGAAGACGAAGUGAUUUUUCCACUGCAGGAGCAGAAGAUGGUGCGAAUGUUCACAGGAACGGACCCGUAAUCAACCUUUUCGUCUUUCUGUUUCCAUUAAGGUGUAGAAUCCGACAGUUUUGACCACGACUUUAUGUUCAAGUGCGAAAAUUUAAUUAUUGAAUGUAAUUCCAUUUUUUAAUUUAAGCAUAUGUUAACCCAUAUGCGGAAUUUUAGGUUUUUGAUGGAGAUGGACGAGAACAUCAAGAAGAUAGAAAGAUGGUGCUCAGAGUCCUCUCCAAGUUGAACCAAUCAAUGGUGUCACCUCCAAGUUGAACCAAUCAAUGGUGUCGUCUCCAAAUUUAACCAAUUAGCUUCCAGUCCCACCCUCAUGGACAUAUUUCAGGUUUCCUCAGAAGUAUCUGCCCUUGUUUCUCCCAAAAAACAGCCCUGAAAUAGAUUGUGCAACAAGUUUUUGCAGUCAGAACACCAAAAAAGCUCCUGCAGCGGAAAAUGCCUGAAAUAUUGGACCUGGUUACACUGACUGCAAUCAGAAAUGUCUGAUUGCAACCUUAAAGCCCCUCUACAGCGUUUAUGUGGCACUGAAUAGAGCUGCACUAGUAAUCUUUUCUUUUUUUUUUUUUUUUUUUAUUAGUUUUUAAGGCUUCCUCAGCCACUACUUGGGAUCACGUGACAGAAGCAAAAGCAACACAGCAAAUUCAUUCCAUUGUUCUUCAUUUUCACAUCACAUGUGGCUUUUGGAAUCUGAUUUACAUAGUUAAGACAUGUCAUUGAUAAGUCUGCACUUACUGCCUCAGAUAUGAGCAGUAGGUAAAAAAAAUAAAUGAGUCGCUGCAGAUGAUCUCUGGAGAAAGUAGUUCCAUUGACCAAAAACUACAAAAAGCACUAAAGGUAGUUGUUGCAUUCCUUUAAUACGAGCUAAGAUUCAGAGUUUGCCAGAUGUGUGUUUGGUUUGUCCGUACAUUUGACUGUUCACUUGUCAGCUUUCUGGUGUAUCAAUGCAUCAUUUCCUGGUCUGAUGAAGGGGAGAGUUUAAAAACCUCACCUUCGUUUCCUCUGUUAUACUCUGCUAUACUUUUAUAAUUUCUACUGUGUGAUCCCUAUUUUGAAGAUGUAGCAUUCUAAUUGUAACGCUGUUGAAGCUAAGAGCUGUUAAAGCACUGAAGCUCUUUACUUAUAUCAAGAGAUAAUUUCAUACAAUUAAUGAUUUACUUCAGACUUUAGUAACAUUGACUUACUAAAUUAAAAAGUGUAUGUCCUUGUUUUCUGUUCCACCUAAAUGACAGUCAGUUCCAGUCAUAUAAAAUGUGUUUGUGCACACGUAAAGGAAAAAAUGUGGGACUGACACAAAUGCAAAGACACCAAGAGUCUUAUUUGAAAACUGUAAAUUGAAAACAAUCAUAUUCGGAAGGGUUUUAUCACACUCUAAUUCUCCUAUCUAUAUGUUUGCCAUGUCAUUCUCUUUCUAAUCAAUCAAAGUGCCUGUUAGUUCGCUGUUAGUCAGCUGACACCAAAACUGGACUCCAUAUAAAACACAUAUAAACCCAGCAGGCCUUUUUUUUAAUAAUUAAGGUUGUUUUUAUGCACAUAAUUACAAUCAGGCAGUACUAAAGCUACAAUAAUGUACUGAAGGAGGGACAACAUGGUUACCAGGUAUAGGAGGAUAUAUUAUAUUCACAUUUUUUUAUAUCGAGGGUUAUAUUGUAUUUCUGGAUAUUAAAUUAUUUUUUUUUUUAGUUUGGUUUAUUUUUUAUGGAUUUUUUGCUGAUAAAUUAGCCUGUUUUUAUUCUUUCUGUUUAGUUGUCAUGGUGCUACUUCUGUGCAAAGUCUGCUGUGGGUUUUUCUACCCUUUAACCAGGCGUCCGUCCAUCUAUUUCUAUUUCUUCUUCCAGCAGCGUUUCUCGGUCUCUGCGCUCCAUUUAAUGACUCAGCAGUUUAAAAUAGGGCAUUACAGUAACAGUGCGUGUGUUUAAAUAACACGCUGAGGAAAACCCACAGACUAAAAUGCUGCUGUCUGUCUUUACUCCAGCCCAAAACCAACUACAUGAAACCAGCUUCUAGAUGGACCGGUUUGAUAUUUACUGGCUGUUUGAUUUUUGAACCGCAACAGGUAGUUAUAGCCUGAAGAUCUGAUGAGUUAAACCACAGAAACCCAGUUCACACCCUUUUCUUUACUCAUUCAGUGACAUUUCUGUCGCUUAAAGUUUUGUAGUUUCAUCUACGAACCACAUCUGGAGAAUUAACUGGAUCCAACAUGAAUUGAAAGGGGAAAACAGCUAAAAUAGACAGUUUCAGUGCUGUCGGUAGAAGGUUUAGGAACAUAAACGUUCAUUCUUGAGCUUAAGAUUCACCUCAGUUUAACGAAGUGAAAAGUUUGCUUUCUAACAAGCGAUACGGGUUCGUUUCAUGCCCUGUAUGUCUAAAUUUACUCUUCCCUACUUAGAAAAAUACUACAUUUUCAAGAAAAACUCCACUGAAAAUGCAGAAGUUAAACAUCAUCCAUGCAUAUCACUGUAGUUUCUUCUACACAGCUGUUGUUUGCUUAGAUUUACAGCAAUUUCACAGCAGAAAAAAGUCGAAUGAGACUCCAGCAGCAUAAUCUAUUCCUUUGCUGCCUCUCCAGUCAUUUCCAGGAAAUAUAGAUUUGCCAAAAUGCGACUCCUUAAGUUUUUUACAGCAACAUUUCAGAAAUAUCUACACUGAUGAUAGUUUAGACACUUCAGAGAAAUGGUAAAACAAAUAUGUUUUUCAUUAUGCCUGCAGCAGUCUUUGUCAAAAAUCACAGUCAGCAGUGAAAAGCGUCUGAGAAGCAGCAGACAGUAACACAGGGAGGCUGAAGUCAUGUCUGCAGUGACCACAGUCCAAUAAUGACUCCCACAGUCUGUCCUGUUACGUACGAAGAUAAAUACUCUGAAACCACAAAGAAACCUUUAUCAUGCGCUAAUAAUAGGCUUGGCACCACUUCUGCUUUUCACAUGAACUGCAGAGCUACAAGAUCUGUCACAAUAAUCCAUUAAUCUUAAUUCACAACUGCUAUAUUUGUUUUAAAACUGGAAAAUUCUGAAUAAAAUAAGGCACAAACGUAAAAGAAAACAACAGAAUCCCCAGUUUUGGCAUCAUUCUGUUAAAAUAUUCACAAUUCCUGUGCAGAAAGUAUUUAAACACUGAGUUUUUUCUUACAAAGUUCCUGCUGACGUGCAAGAAAACGUGAAAGUUUACCAGAUUCUUUUCUACCUCUUACACUUUUUACUACGCUCUGAGACCUGGCAUCAGAAAACACAGGACACUAGUCAUGUAUCUUUGACAUAAUAAAGCUUCUCUACCAUUUAGUCUCACGAGAAGGUCACUUUAGUGCCUUUUUCUCUUCAAAGAUGUCUCCAUUUGAUCAAGACUUUUAUUUUUCUGCAAAUAUUUGGUUUCAACUCAGUACAUGCAACAUAUCAGAUUAAAAGCAUCUGGAAUUCAGAUUAGACGUCUUAUUUUGUCAUCUUGCAGUAGAUCUUCAGAGGUCCCUCCACUACAAAGGUUGCAAACCAGUAAGGGAUCUCAGUGUCAAGGUCGAGCGUACAGCCUUAGAAAUUAGUGUUUUUGUGACCAGACCUCCAAAUGGGUAAAAAUUUGGACCAAUUUUACAUUUUGGCUAAAUGUUUUUUAUGCUAACUCAAGUAGCUGCCUGUAUUUUUUGACUUGGAACAAAAAUCCAGACACUGAUUUUUUCACUGACUUGCACACGUGAAGCAACUGCUGUGUUUAUUUCCAGUAAUAACGACUUUAUUGUCCUAUUUUUGACAAUAUAUUUGAUUUUUAUUAUAACAAACACAACAUGUGGAAAAGCAGAGCUGGAAAUCCGUCUCACAUCUGCUGUCAUUUACUGCAACGUGGACAUAUUUUCUAUGUUCUAUUUUCUGGAAAAAAAAAUUUAAAAGAUUUCUCUCGGCUGUCACUGGUCAGUUGUCUCCACCUCUCCAGCCUUUCCACCUGCCUGCCAGGUGUCACAUUAGCUCCUCCCCCUCAGGUUACAAGUACGAGGCAUUUCAGCCGAUAACAGAACCGUUUGUUCACCAGCCGAUGACAGAUUUUACAGGUUGCAUGGCACAAAACCAUGAGUCUUACUGUUCCCUGUGCGUGUGCAAGCCUGUCAAAGCGACAUGUUGACUUUUUUUAAACAUGUUUCCAUACCAUUCAUAUGAUUAUUACAUGCUGGGAAAAAAAACGUGUACAUGAAUUCUUAGCUGUUCAUAAUGUUAGAUGAACUAGAGACUGCCUGUAUAUUCGCUUUAUAACCUUACUCUUGUUUUUUUGUAAUAACGGCUUGAUUCUCGAAUAAAAGGAGAAUGCAAUGAAAGCAAAAUAAAGUGAGUACAUGGUAAAGAAAUGUGUCCCCAUGUAUUGGAAAAGAAAAGGAAAAGGUUUGUACUCUCUGUCCUUCUGUUUAUUUGAGAAAAGCUGAAUGUCAACAGCGGAUCUGAACCGGUCCGCUGUGGAAGUAUGUAGCUCUCUCCCUUUAUACGCCACACUUGAGCAUUUCUUCUGUACAUAGGUGCAUUUUGAAGCUAAUGGAAAAACAAAUGAAUGACAGCAAGCAAAGUCAAAUGAGAAAAAUUUGAUCCAUGUGGAUUUUUAAAAGGGGUCGGGGGGUUUCUUUUUUCCAAGCAAUGUAGCUUGUAAACCAAGAUAUUAUAACUGCCUCCUGUUUGUCAUAGAAUUCACAAAUAAAUGUUUGAUGGACUUCAAAGUC